AUGAAGGGAGUAUCGAUAAAACAACUUGAUGCUAUAAUAAUGCUGGAUGAGGAUGGGAAAAGAAUUGCAGUAAAGUAUUAUACAAAUGUGUUAGAGAAUAAAGAUGAGAGUAAAAAUCGAAAUCAAUAUGGAAGUAAUCUAAUGAAUAGUAAUCAAUUAUAUAGUAAAGAAAAUAUAAAUAGUUUUUAUGAAGAAACAUAUAAUGAUUUAAAGACAGUAGAUAAUCAAAAACAAUUUGAACAUGAUCUAGUUGAUAAAAUUAAAAAGAUGUCAUCUUUAAUAAAUGAAAUAGAAAUCUUAGUAUCAAAUCAAUAUAUUAUAUUAUGCUUACCAAUAAAUGAUAUAUAUAUAUUUAUUGUUGGAGAUGAAAAUUGUAAUGAACUUGUUUUAUAUGAAGUUAUGAAGGCAAUUCAAGAUUCUUUAAAUAAUAUUACUAAUAAUAAUAUUGGAAAAAAACAAUUAAUAGAUAAAUUAGAUUCUGUUUUUUUACUUUUAGAUGAAAUUAUUGAUAAUGGUAUUAUUAUGGAAACUAAUUCAAAUAUUAUAGUAAAUAGAUUAUACAUGAAUGAAGGAGAUAUACAAGAUCUAACUUCAUUAAAUCAAGCAAUAUCUUCAGCAAAGGAUAAUAUAAUUAGAAGUUUAUUAAGCGGUGCAUAA